CUCUAAGGUGCCACAAGUCCUCCUCAUUCUUUUUGCUGAUACAGACUAACAGGGGCUACCACUCUGAACCCUGUCGCCUAUGCUAAGUCAUCCAGCCAAACCUCUUGCACCAGGUGAGCAUUUGAGAGAUCAUUAUAGCACCUCAAGCUAACCCUGUCUUGUGAUUGUCCCUUGACUGGUUCUAGGCAAACCAGGAAGCUUCUGUCUGUAUGGAGGCAGGUCAGGGCUAGAGCAGUGUUGGCCAAUGAGGGGAGACACUGAAAGCUGCCACUAAGCUCAGUGAAAACAACUUGACUGGCCAGUUUGGCAGAACUGUUUCCGGCCCUCUCCCUUCUAGUUCUUUAAAAUGAAAUCCACCCCCAGGGGAGUCCUAGCUCGGGCGUAUCUACACUGCAAUCAAACCCCAUGGCCCUGAGUUGCUGAGCCUGACAUGUGCCGUGGGUUUGUCUUUGCAGCGUAGACACAGUACCCGCCUGCCUCCCUCUUGGUGCGUCUCCCUCCAGAUAAAUAUUGAAUAAGACAAUUAAAUUCAACAGCCGCGUGCUGCCCAUCUGCAUGCCAGCAACGCAGUGUUAGAGCUGCACUUCUCUAUGUCCAGCACAGUAAUAUCUGGGCUGGUUUUACAGAGUAGUGAGUGCGAGGAAUGGAGCAAGGUGCUCUGGGCUGGCCAGCGCCAUAGGCUCUUUUAGAGCUGGGAGUGGGUGGAUUAGGGUUCACGGGUCCUGCCUGAAGCUGAGUAGCAAGCUGCUCUGGGGAGACUUGGUUCUGAGUCAGGAUGGGCGGAAAACUAGGGAUGGGUCUUGAUAGGAGGUUUCUAAUCCCCACUUGAAAUUAGAAUGGGUUCCAAGUGGAGGACUGAUCUCAGUAGAAGUUGAGCAGAGUUCACAGUCCUGGUGAAGAGGAGUGAGAAAUACAUCUGGUCCCUAUGGGCAGCCCAGUGUCCCCAGCAUGCUUCGGGUUGCCAUGCUGAUCACUUUUCUCCUUGUUCUUGCAGUCUGAGAUUUUGUCCCAGGAGUGUCCCUGGCCUCACCUGGCAUGGAGGACAGUCUCACAUGGCCUUCGAGCCCAGCAGGACUCUCCUGUUACAUGGCAGUCUCUCAGCUGUUAGGUUUGACUGUGAUUGCCAUGACCGGAGCCUGGAUGGGCCAAUACCGGGGCGGUAUUGCUUGGGAAAGUGUGCUGCAGUUCAACGUCCACCCCCUCUGCAUGGUCAUUGGCAUGGUCUUCCUCCAAGGGGAUGCUCUCCUGGUUUACCGGGUCUUCAGGAACGAGACCAAGCGCUCAGCCAAAAUCCUCCAUGGGCUCCUCCACGCCUUUGCGCUGGUCAUCGCCCUUGUGGGUGUGAUAGCCGUGUUCGAUUACCACAGGAAGAAAGGCUUUGCAGACAUGUACAGCCUGCAUAGCUGGUGUGGAAUAACAGCCUUCAGCCUCUACUUCAUCCAGUGGCUCAUGGGCUUCAGCUUCUUCCUAUUUCCUGGAGCAUCCUUCUCGCUCCGCAGAAGAUACAAACCACAGCAUGUCUUCUUCGGUGUCUUCCUCCUUGUUCUCUCCAUUGCCACGUGUUUGCUAGGCAUCAAGGAGCUGCUCCUCUUCAAUAUCCAGGCCACCUACAGCUCAUUCGUGCCUGAAGGGAUCCUGGCCAACAUCCUGGGCCUGCUUCUCGUCGUCUUUGGGCUGGUGAUCGGCUACAUCCUGACGCAGGACGAGUGGAAGCGGCCGCCCCUGGCUGAGGAGCUGGCCCUGUCCAUGGAUUUUAAAACCCUCACUAAGGGGGAGAGCCCCAGCAGCAGCCAGUGAUGGAUCCCUGUGCUGGGAGCUCCCCCAAAGGCAGGGCUGGGGUGGACUUUGUGGUGGUUGUUCACUCCUGCAUGUACCAGGGCUGUUGCUGCUGUGUUGGUGUUGCUGUUAUCUCUCUGCAUACAGCUGGUGGGAGGGGGAGUGCCAUCUGCUUUAAGCCCCCGGCCGCAGUGUGCCAAUGCAGCAGUACUAGGCCUCACGGUGCUCUGGGAUGCUGGGUUGAGCCACGUUCUCUCACUGAGCCCUUAUGCCAUCCAUGGCCACUCCCCUGCCACCCAAAUCACGGGGGAUGGGAGCUGCUUUUUGUAUGUGCCAGGCUCAGGGGCAUUCCUUGCUGGCUGAGCUGCUGGAGGGGGUUUGGUUCCUUCUCCAAACCACUGGGGGCUGGAUCCCUUGCCCCUCAAGCAGCAGGAUGGCAGCAUUUCCAUUUCCCAGCCUGCCUGGCUCGGCAGCUUGAGGACCACUAACAGAUGAUCUAACUCCAGGGGGGCUGAAGGUUAGGGCCUGGCUCACUCCUUCAGCUGCCUGCAUUGGCUUCUUAUCCCUCUUAGAGUUCACUAAGAAUGCCAAGCGGUAUGUUUAAUACCAACCCCAGUUCUCCAGCACCCCGGUGUUAAACCCUCCCUCACUUGCACGCAGGGAGCCCCUUUCCCCACGUUGAAUGCCAAAGCUUUUUGUGCCUCUCUGGCUAGGGUACUUGUAAUGAUCAAGUGCUAUUUGUCUAGCCCUGACCAUUCUGCAGCCGUGUCCUGGGCGUAUUGCCUCUGCAGAGCCCUGCUGGCAGCAGAACCGGCGGUGGGGACGUGUGCUGUUUUUCGCCCCGAGUAAGAUAACAGGCCUGGCCCUUAAGCUCAGCCGAAACAUCAGUGUUUUUAGAAAUCCUCAUCCCUGGUACUUCUCGCUCCUGACGGAGCCCCCAGGGCUCUCGCUGGCAGCUCCAUUCUCUGAGCUAAGGCGCUGCUCCAGCCAGCUGAUGUUGACCAGAGCAGAAGUGUCAGCUGGUGAGGGCUAGUGACUGGGUGUGUAGUGAAUUUUUUUUUAAAUUAUGUUCAAGUAAAGGCCUGGUUUCCCCCAGCUUACACUGCAGGGAGCACAGGCCCUGUCUGGCAGCUGGCCAUGGGUCACUCGUGCAAUGGCUUUUCUUUACAUCUAAAAUGCAGAACUUUCCCAUCUACCCCUUUGUUUGCUCUUCUCUGUAACUAGAUGCAGGACUUCAGGUGUUGACAGGCAUUGCUGGUGCCUGGUGAUACUGCAGCAAAGACCUCACCUGCCCUGCAGGGUCUUUGCACUGAUCACCUGUUAAAUAGUCCCUUCUUGCAUGACUGAAUCAGUCACUAGCCCCACACCCACUUCAGCUUAGUUAGCAGGAUGAGGCAGGGAGAUCUAGGUUAGCAGACUGAAAUAUCACACAGACUAGAAACAGCCUGUUUAGAGCUUUCUAGGCAUCCUAGGGUCUUUCCUCAAAGGGUGUGCAGAGCACCCCCCCCACCUUACAGUUAAUAGACUCAGCUUUGUGGUGCGUGGCCCCAGGCAGUUGCCCUGCUUGCCAGCCCUGGCUUUUAUAUGCAGAAAAACAGUUGUUGUAGAGUUUUUAUAGCUUGUUGAGGGGAGGGGCUCAGGAAGAAAAAGAUGGAGAACCCCCGCUUUAGAAGAUAACUGUUGGGGGGAGGAGCUUUGACAACAGUGUCUGAGCUGUUAAUUAGCAGAUACUGUUUGUAAACUCAGAAAAACUUUAUCAUGCAGCUGCUGAUUUUCUUUGUAAACAUUUCCCCAGCUUCUGUUCAGUGCAGGUCCCCUAAAGUGUCCUGAGCCCAAUAAAGUCUGAUAAAGCUUGAGCUGAGGGUUUGCUUGCAAAUACUAACCCCACUUCCACCACAGCCUCCCUUUCAAACUCCCCCUGCUCUAUUAGGGCCUGUUUCCCUUCCCAGCAGUGCACUCAUCUGUAACUGCCAAUAACCAAAAAAAAAAAAAAACCCUUGUAUCAGAGGGUGUAAAGUCCCCUGAAAAAAUGCCUGCCAGCAAUGUGUAUUUGCAGCAGAUUCUUGUACUAUGCCAAAUGCAUAUUCCUGAACUGACCCCAAAUAUUGCAGCUAAUGUUUACAUGGACGAAUAUUUUAUAGGCUUUGUUUUAAAACAAAAUAAAGCCAUGUCGAAGGAGCCGCAAUCAGUGCACUGGGCUGGUGGCUUAUAACAGCUAGUAAGGAAAAAACCUGUUAAUGAAAUACUGAGCUAGACAGUCUGUUUGAACUCUAGUUGUGGCACCUUAGAGACUAACACAUUUAUUUGAGCAUAAGCUUUCAUGAGCUUUUCGUGAUGCAUCCGAUGAAGUGAGCUGUAGCUCACGAAAGCUUAUGCUCAAAUAAAUGUGUUAGUCUCUAAGGUGCCACAAGUACUCCUUUUCUUUUUGCGAUUACAGACCAACACGGCUGCUACUCUGAAACCUGUUUGAACUUUGUUUGCCUGUACUGUACUGUACCUGAGUCAAUAAAUCCUGGUAACGAG